GCGGGACCGGGGCCGGGGCCGGGGCCGGGGCCGCCUCCGCCCGCCCGGGGGGCCGCGGGUUUCCCCGCCGCCGCCGAUCGUCCCCGGAGCCCCGCGGAGCUGCUGCCCAGGAUGAGCCGCCCGCGCUGCCCCGUCCGUCGGCGUCCCGGAGCGGAGAGGCGGCCGCGCGGGGCGGGAGCGCUGCAGCUCUGAAGCGCGCGGACCCGCCGCUGCUAUGGGAGACUCUGUUGGAGACCCAUCCCGAGGGACAGGCUUGGAGCCCCAGGGGAAUGGCGGGACCUCCCUCAGCGUCAUCACGGAGGGCGUCGGGGAGCUGGCGGUCAUCGACCCCGAGGUGGCCAAGAAGGCCUGCGAGGAGGUGCUGGAGAAGGUCAAGCUGAUGCACGGCGUCUCCUCCGACAGCUUAACCAGCCCGGCCGAUGGCGGCGAGGCCGAGCGCUCCCCGUGUCCCGCGGGGGACCUGGCCAACGGGGACAUCGGGGAGGGCUGUGAGAUCAAGUGCUUGGAUGAUCCUCCAGGCACGGGCUCCAGGAUCCAGGAGGAGGACGAGACCGUGGCCAACACGGUGAAAACCGCCCGGAAGCGGCAGAAGAACAACUCUGCUAAGCAGUCCUGGCUCCUCCGGCUCUUUGAGUCCAAACUCUUUGAUAUCUCCAUGGCCAUUUCAUACUUGUAUAACUCAAAGGAACCUGGUGUGCAGGCUUACAUUGGGAAUAGGUUGUUCUGCUUUAGGAACGAAGACGUGGACUUCUACCUGCCGCAGCUGCUCAACAUGUACAUUCACAUGGACGAGGACGUGGGGGACGCCAUCAAGCCCUACAUCGUGCACCGCUGCCGGCAGAGCAUCAACUUCUCCCUGCAGUGCGCCCUGCUGCUGGGCGCCUACUCCUCGGACAUGCACAUCUCCACCCAGCGACACUCCCGCGGGACCAAGCUGCGGAAACUCAUCCUCUCGGACGAGUUGAAACCAGCUCACAAGAAGAGGGAGCUGCCAUCCCUGAGCCCGGCGCCCGACAUGGGGCUGUCUCCUUCCAAAAGGACUCACCAGAGGUCCAAGUCGGACGCCACCGUCACCAUCAGCCUGAGCAGCAAUCUGAAGCGCACAGCCAGCAACCCCAAAGUCGAGAGCGAGGAGGAGGAGCUCUCCUCGAGCACGGAAAGUCUCGAUAAGUCACUCUCUCCUCCCGUCAGACUCGCCCCCGAGAGGGAGUUCAUCAAGUCCCUGAUCGCCAUCGGGAAGCGCUUGGCCACCCUGCCCACCAAGGAGCAGAAGACCCAGCGCCUGAUCUCGGAGCUCUCGCUGCUCAACCACAAGCUGCCGGCGCGCGCCUGGCUGCCCACCGCCGGCUUCGACCACCACGUGGUGCGGGUGCCCCACACCCAGGCAGUGGUCCUCAACUCCAAGGACAAGGCUCCCUAUUUAAUCUACGUUGAAGUGCUUGAAUGUGACAAUUUCGACACAGCGAAUGUGCCCGCUCGGAUCCCCGAGAACCGCAUCCGGAGCACCCGCUCGGCCGAGAACCUGCCCGAGUGCGGCAUCACCCACGAGCAGAGGACCAGCAGCUUCAGCACCGUCCCCAACUACGACAACGACGACGAGGCCUGGUCUGUGGACGACAUCGUGGAGCUGCAGGUGGAGCUGCCAGAGAUUCACACCAACAGCUGUGACAACAUCUCCCAGUUCUCUGUGGACAGCAUCACCAGCCAGGAGAGCCGGGAGCCGGUGUUCAUCGCUGCUGGGGACAUCAGGCGGCGGCUCUCGGAGCAGUUGGCACACACCCCCACCUCCUUCCGGAGGGACCCCGAGGACCCGUCGGCUGUGGCCCUGAAGGAGCCUUGGCAGGAGAAAGUCAGGAGGAUCCGGGAAGGGUCUCCCUACGGCCACCUGCCCUCCUGGCGCCUCCUCUCCGUCAUCGUCAAGUGCGGGGACGACCUGCGGCAGGAGCUGCUCGCCUUCCAGGUCCUCAAGCAGCUGCAGUCCAUCUGGGAACAGGAGCGUGUCCCGCUCUGGAUCAAGCCAUACAAAAUCCUCGUCAUCUCCGCCGACAGCGGCAUGAUUGAGCCCGUGGUGAAUGCCGUGUCCAUCCACCAGAUCAAGAAGCAAUCCCUGCUCUCCCUGCUGGAUUAUUUCCUGCAGGAACAUGGCAGCUGCAACACGGAAUCCUUCCUGACGGCCCAGAGGAAUUUCGUGCAGAGCUGUGCUGGUUACUGCCUGGUGUGUUACCUGCUGCAGGUCAAGGACAGGCACAACGGGAACAUCCUGCUGGAUGCAGAUGGACACAUAAUCCACAUCGAUUUUGGGUUCAUCCUCUCCAGCUCCCCCAGGAAUCUUGGCUUUGAGACCUCGGCCUUCAAACUCACCACAGAGUUUGUGGAUGUGAUGGGUGGCCUGAACGGGGACAUGUUCAACUACUACAAGAUGCUGAUGCUGCAGGGUCUCAUCGCUGCCCGGAAGCACAUGGAUAAAGUUGUGCAGAUCGUGGAGAUCAUGCAGCAAGGGUCUCAGCUUCCCUGUUUCCACGGCUCCUCCACCAUCCGCAACCUGAAGGAGCGUUUCCACAUGAACAUGACGGAGGAGCAGCUGCAGGUGCUGAUCGAGCAGAUGGUGGACGGCAGCAUGCGCUCCAUCACCACCAAGCUCUACGACGGGUUCCAGUACCUCACCAACGGCAUCAUGUGAAGGUCCCGCCCGUUCCCACCCAUCAGCUCCUGCUCCUUCCCCGGGCAGGGAAAAAGAGUCUCAGCAUCUUCCACCCCUCCCCCACCCCCACCCCGGGGCUGCUUUUUUUUUGCCAAGACUCCUCAACAAAACCAGGAUAAAAACCAAGCAGUGGAAGCAGGAAAAAAAAAAAACAAAAACAAACCAACAAACCAAACCCACUGGUGAAAAUCAAAGCGAAACGGAUCAUGGGGUAACGGCGGAGCCCGGCGAGGGGCUGUGGGAGGGGGAGGGGUCUUUUGCUCACCCCCUCCUUGCUGUUGCUGCCCCCUCCCCUCAGUAUUACACCCACUGGUGUCCUGUGAACUCUCCCACAAUCUCAUGAAUUGUUUAGGACCUGGGACACACACACACCCACCCACAGGCCUGGGCCCCCCCCUCGGGCGCCUGCAAGACUUGAGCCUUCAGCUGGUCCCACUUGAAGGUGGCAGAGGUGAUCCCCCCCACCCCCCCAAGGCCCUUCCCUGCAUGUCCCCCCCCCGUGGCUGCACCAGUCCCGUGCCCCCCUCACCCCUUUCUUUGUUUUUCUCACCCUCAUUCCGCCCCCCCCCCCCGCCCAGCAGCGCCCACGGCCGGUACGUCAAGGUUGGGUUUGAGGCCGGUGCCCACCCAGGGUGGGGUGGUUGGAGCUCCUUUUCAGCCUGUUUUUGGGGUUGUUUUGGGUUGUUUUUUUUUUUUGACUCUGUUCCAGGAAUUUGGGACUGUGAAGCUUCCCCCAGCCCUUCCUUCCCUUUUGCAAUAAUUUCUGGCUGCUUUUCCUUGCCAGGCAGGGGCUGGGGAGGGGGGGUGGGCUGUGGUUUCCCCCUCCUGGGUUUGAGCAGAAGCUCUGGGGAUGGGACAGGAGGGAGCCCCGAGUCUCCGUGGGGAGCCCCAAGCCCAGCCCCCCGUCCCCUCCUGUUGGGGGGGGGCGGGGGGGGGGGUGUCACACAGCUCCAGGGGAGGGUGAAACAACAGCCUGAACGUUGUAACCCCACCAGGCACCCGGGCUCUGGGGGGGCCCUGCACCCCACCUCCCUCUCCAGCCCCUUUCUUUGCUUUAAGAGCAGUGACCAGUGACCCCCCCUCAUAUCCCCCAGUCCUGCUGGUCAGAUGGUAACACCCCCACAGUGUUGUCCCCUCCCUUGUCCCCUUUGUGGCAGUAGCUCCCAGUGCCCCCCCAUCCUCAGUCUCUUUGUUUAGCACUAAUUAUUUGUCAUGUUGAUUAUUUAGCAUUAAAAACCAAAACAUUCUAUUUUAAAUUGCUGGCUGCCGGUGGCCAGGAACCACCUGAGGGGGGGGGGAAGGGUCCCAGGCCAAGGGCACCCCAAAACUGUGGUCACAGGCAAUCACAGCCCUCGUUUGGGGGUCUCCCCCCCACUUCCCCACAGCUUUGCAGUCGGGGUUGGGGGGCUCAGAGCAGCCCCGGGGAAGCAAGGAUGGGGGGGGGGACACUCAGCCCCUUCCACCCCCAUUUUGGGGCGGGACCAACACCCUUGUGGUGGGGUGGGGGGGGGGACACCCCCCUCCCCAAGGCCACCCACAGGGCCAGGUAAGCACGACAGGGCACAGCAGGGGUUAAACCACUAAAAGUUUAAUUGCAUUAUUACUACAAGAAUAAAGGAUACCUGAGAGCC